ACACAGCGCGCGUGCCUCUCGCAUCAGCGGCGGCUUAACGGAUCGCUCGUGCAAGAGUGACCGGGCUCAUUAAAAUCCAGUCUACACCGUCCACCGGCCGCGCGCUCUUCCCGGUGGCACUGCUGGACACAUAGAAACGCGCUAACAGCGAGUGAAGCUCCAUAUGGAACUAUGAGACCGGUGUAGACCUGUUAACGGACAUUAUUUGAAAACGGUGGACUAUAUUGAUGGUGCCAUAACGAACAUGUCGAGACCGGAAAAUAUCUGAACUCGUUGACCAUUUGAAUUAUACACUGCCUAACCUUGCCUACCGAAGCCGGUAUCCAGUUGAGUGAGUGUAGUGGGGUCUAGCCUAUUUAAUUGACCGGUAGUGUUUGCCAGUGUCUGAGGAAUUCGAGGCCGGAAUGGCAGUGCACGGAUGUAACCGGUCAGGGAUCAGGCAGGUGCUGCUACACAUCUUUAUGCUUCUCAUCCCUCUAACCGCCGCUCAUGGUCACUCCUCUUUGGCUUCUGCAAGAAGACAGAAUCACCAUUUCAACCAAUCAUCUGUUGCUGUAGCGCGGGAAGGGCGUGGUGACAGGACAGUUCUCAGCGAUGACUCAGCGGAGAGAGACCUCCUGAUUGGAGCAGGAAUUGGUUUAGGGGCUGGACUUCCUCUCAGCACUGUCAAUCGGCACCCUUCUCAUAAACAUGCCCACCUUGAUUUCCCGGAGGAGGAGACAAUCACGGAGGAGCUCACAGCGGGCGGCGGAAGUCCUGACCAGCCAGCACACUUCUCCUCUGAUGACAUCAUCACAGUGGAAUUCCACAGCCCAGCCCCGGACACGUCCAUGGCCUCUGACCUUUAUCCUGAUUGGAUGAAACCUCCAAAGCCCCUGCAGCAGAAGUCAGGAGACCCCACUGCCUGGACACUGUCUGACUUCUACGAAUACCUGUCCCCCGACGAUGACCUCUCAGCCCUGGAUACGACCCCCAACCCUGAGCCCUCCCCCUCACCUCCGCCCGACAUGGAAGAUGAGAACCCCCUCCUGGUUGGCUCUCCCGUUGUCCCUGACAACACAGAGCCCAACAGCAAUGCCCAACCCACCCAACCCCCACCAGUGGUGCUCGUGGGUCAAGGGUCAGGGAUGGAGGAGCGGGAGGGUCCAGACGGGUGUAGUUUGGGGUUUGUGAGGUCGGAAAUGGGGACAUGCUUGUCCCAGUGUGACAGCCAACCAAACUUUUGCAACAACGGUGGGGUGUGCACAGCUGUGGCGGGGAUAGGAGCAUUCUGCAGGUGUAAUGUGCAGGAUUAUAUCUGGAAUAAGGGCUUGCGCUGUGAUUGGGUGAUCACUGAGUUCCAGGUGCUGUGUGUUGUGGUGGGCGUGGCCUCUUUGAUGCUCCUCCUCCUCCUCAUGAUCAUUGUCUUCUUUGCCAAGAGGCUCCACCUCCUCAAGAAAGAGAACAAACGGCUACGCAAACGCAGUAGUAAGUACCGUCCCCACAGUGAGCCACAGACGGAUGGUUUCUCUGUCUCUACGGUAACGGACGGCUCCCACCCAAACGAUGACCCUCAGAAGCUGGAGGACCCUGUGAAGUCCCCUCCCCCCGUAGAGGAAGAAAACCUGAACAUCAGGAACUCUCAUUCGCCAAAACAUGAGAACAACCGGCCAACUUCUGUUGUCGACCACGGCCAUGGCCCCACCCCUAACAACACUGAAGAAGCGCCGGAGUAAAAAAUAAACCAAGACGUGAACACUGUAUUUCAGAGAAUUUAAUGUUUGACAUUGCUAAUACUAAGUGACUAUGUCUAGAUUUCAUGGGUUAAAGUAUUGCUCGGAUUGAUAUUUCAAUAUAACACGUUGUGUCUUGGUUUUCAUUGAUGUGAUUUAUAAUACUUUCAUGUACUUGAGGUUUUUUGUACAUUUUGGGUAUAAAGAAUUUUAGCGUUCAAAGUUGUCUAAUUAAUAAACAUUUGUAACUUUAAAGUGUUGGUCCCUUUGUAGUCCUCUGCUCAACCUGAUCUUUUCCCUGCUCUCUCUCUCUCUCUCUCUCUCUCUCUUUAUUUAUUUUUAUUCCUCGCUUUACUGAAUCCCCUUUCAUAUACCCCCACUUACCCAUGCAUGGCUUAGCAGUAAACGCUCAACUAACCAAAAUUAGGUGCUACUUUACACACACACACUUAUGCACACAGUCACAUACACACACACACACUUCUGCACACAGUCACACACACACAAACACAGUCAUGUGAUUUCAGGACCAUGGACAGCUCCCUGAGCGCGUGGGUAAAAAGCAACACAAUGCUACCCAACAUCCAGUGUAAUUGAGUGAUGCUUUGUCCAACAGGAAACAGUACAGGUAAGAUCACAGAGUUAU